AUGACGAGCCCAUCGAGCCCAUCGAGCCCAUCGAGCCUAUCGAGCCAGCCCGACGCUUCAAAUGCUUCAGCUGCUGCUGCCGCUGCCAAGCCGUCCCUCUGGCGGAGGAUUCGCAGCCAGUUCAAUCCGCGCCCCCCCGACGACAAUGAGCCGCAGGACUGGUGGUUCGCGUCGACGGCCAUCCCGCUGAUCGCAGCGACUACCAGUCCCUUUGCGAAUGUCAUGUCGGUUGUUGCGCUGGCCAUGUCCUGGACGGGGCAGCCGCGUCACGGCGAAACGAGCAGCACGGGCAUUCCCGCCCAGACUCCAGUCAAAGAUCCCGGAUGGUGUAUUGCGCUCAAUGCCACCUCGCUCGCCUGCGGGCUGGUGGGCAAUCUCUUCAUGCUGUUCAACUUCACCAGGACCAUGCGCUACAUCGUCGCUCUGCCGGCCACCAUCAUUCUGUGGUUGCUGGCCACAGGAAUUUUGAUCGGCAUAACCAGCGCGAUGCAUCUCUACACCAGACACACAGCGCCGCAGCAGGCCUUCUCCCAGGCAUAUUGGUAUGCCGUUAUUGCGGCCGUCCAUUACUUUCUUCUUACCGUGAUCCUGAUGGUCAACAUGCUGGGCUACUUCCUCGGGCAUUACCCGCAGUACUUCGCGCUGACCGACGGCCAGCGCACCCUGAUCCUCCAGACCAUCGCACUGGGCGUCUGGCUGAUCAUCGGUGCUGCGGUCUUCCAGCGAGUCAUGCAUUUGUCGUUUGCGGACGGGCUUUAUUUCUCCGAUAUUACCAUCCUCACGCUGGGGUUUGGCGAUGUCACACCCCAAACCGCGGUGGGCAAGGGUCUUGUCUUCCCUUACGCGGUCGUAGGGAUCAUCAUUCUCGGUCUUGUCGUCGGAAGUAUCCACGACAUCUUGAAGGAGCUGCAGUAUGUGGUCAUCGUGCAGAAACACAUCGAGCAAAGCCGCGAAGCAACCGCAAAACAUUCCGUCAUGGCCGAAACCGAGGAGGAAGAGACCAAGCUGCAGCAGACCGAUUCUCUCCGGCUGACCGAGACGACGGAGAACAUCCACCGGCGAGAGUAUGCAAGGAAGCUGAUCCGAUACGCCAACCUGACAGCCCUUUUUCGAGGACACCGACCGUCGGCACAGAAGGUCCUGGUGAUCAAGAACGAAAAGGACCGAUUCGACGCCAUGCGUGCCAUUCAGCACGAGGCCAUGCUUUUUCAUCGCUGGUACCGUCUGAUUUGGAGCUUGAUUGCAUUCGGGAUUGUCUGGACAUGCGGCGCCGCCGUCUUCUGGGCUCUGGAGGAGCGUUUCACAUACUUCACGGCGUUGUAUUUUUCCUUCUGCUCUCUUUUAACCAUCGGGUACGGCGACAUCACCCCAACCACCAACGCUUCGCGGCCUUUCUUCGUCGCGUGGUCGCUUAUUGCCAUUCCGACCAUGACCACGCUGAUCUCCGAGAUGAGCAACACCGUGGUCGCGCUGUUUAAGCGCAGCGUCAGCAUCGUUGCGGACUGGACUCUCCUCCCACAGACGGGCAAAUACACGGCCUUUCUCCGGAAGAUAGUGCCGUUCCUCUCUUACAUCCGACAGCCCCAGGGGCACGCACAAUCCGCACAGAGUCUCGACGUGGAAAGGGAUCGUGGCGGCACGUCAUCAGUAAACGGACAGAGCCGAUCCACCGAAGAGCCGGAAAACGGACAAGGCAACGCCAGUUUCCAGCUUGCCCUCAAACUGGCCUCUACGAUACAGGAGGUGUCCCGGGAUGUCCUCGAGGGGCGCAAGAAACAAUAUCCCUACGAGGAAUGGGCCAAAUUUGCGCGUUUGAUUCGGUUUACGGGCUCCACGCCCGAUGGUGUCCUUCUCAACGAAGAUGAGUACGGGAUCAUCAGCCGGGAUUGGAUUGGAGAUAGCAGUCCCAUGUUGGCAUCUCAGUCAGAGCCGGAAUGGGUCCUCAGUCGGCUUUGCGAGAGUUUGAUCCGGUAUAUUUCUGUGCAGGGGCAGCAGAGGGAUCGAUAG